AAGCCUAGACGCGGAAGAAAAGACCCGACUACCCCUCGUGUCGAUCUGUUGUCCCACCUGAUGGAAGCUCGACACGCGACCGUCGAGCCGCUGACUCAGCCCUGCAUUCUGCGCAGAGGAAAGAGAAUAACAGCGACAUUUCCUGUUGGAGAGUAUGGCGAACAAAGUGGCCAUUGAUGAUGGAGCGAAGGGAGAAGAAGUUGUGAUCCGAUUUGAAGAUGAAGGGGGAGAAACCGUCGGCAUCGUCCCGGUCACUGUCAGAUUUCUCAACCGAUUCACCGGACAUGCACUGGGUCGUACCGCAUUUCCAGAAUCUUCUCUAUUCAGACGACUCUUCUGGCUUCUGGUAUUUCUCCUCGCUUUUGGCUACAUGACCUAUGGAAUCAUCGAUAUCAUCAAAUCAUUUAUCUCCAGCCCAAAAACCACUUCUACCCAGAUUGAGCCACAAGAAACUCUUGCUUUCCCAGUGAUCAACAUCUGCGUCCAAAAGCAUGAAACUGGCGAUUUGCCUUUCGAGUUUUCUGGGAUAUUCGCCCCACUAGAAAAAAUGCUUGUGUGGAGCGGUGAUCUUCAGGAGGAGUUGAUGCGACUAUCAGAGACAAGUGACACAAACCAGAGAGGAAAUACAACUUCAACUUCUCUCUCCGACGAUGAUGUGUAUGAAACCAACCUACGCACUCUCGAAAAUCAGCUCGGACAAAACAAGUAUCUCUUGGACGGCUACUCGAAAUACAGCGGCAAGGACUGCACUGAUGAUAUUGUGAACUGCAUCCUUCAUUGCAGCUUUAAUGGGUUGCCUUGCAAUGACAGUGAUUUUGAAUCGUACUUUCACUCGACGGUUGGACAUUGCCUUACGUUCAACUACGGGAAAGACAAAAAGGUUCAGCGCCAUGACUACCCAUACGCCAGCGAUGACAUAAUCAGCGACUCCAGGCAAGGGCUUCGGCUCGUAUUGGCUCCGCAUUCCUCCCAACAUCUGAACCAGCUGCCGUCAGUCGGAGGAUACAGGCUCUUUGUUCGGGAUCUUCAGGAUUUCACUUUUUCUCUUGAGAAAGGAUUCGAUGCAGACUUGGGAAUGGCUUCUUUUGCUGCCCUCAAGAUGACAGAGUAUGAAAGAAUCCCCCUCGACCAAGGGGGUGAUUGCAGCCCUGAUUCCUACCUCUUCGAACGAUUCGACCCAAAUAUCUUCAAAGUCACAAAGAAUAGUAUAUAUACCCAGAGUUUUUGCCAGGAGUUGUGCGUUGCUGCUCAAAUGUUGCGCGACCACAAAGACUCUCUAAGCUGCUUGGAAGACGCCCUGGAUGAUGUGAUGUACAUCGAUUACUCGGAAAUUGAUUGCAAUGAGACAUUUUACUAUGCUGUGCUGGACAUGGAAUCGAAGAAGAAACUGGUAAACAGUACAUGUGGAUGUCCUCCUGUUCGCUGCAUUUGGCAGGUGGCUGUGAUAGGCGUUCUCUACGAAAGUAUGUCAAAGGAACUGACAACGGAGAUUCUGUUAUACCCGUGGUCAAGCUUCAUUGGGACUUUUGGAGGGCUUCUGGGUCUUUACACUGGGAUGUCUUUCGUUUCGGUUCUGGAAAUGCUGGAAUGGAUCUUCGACAUCGUUGUGUACGGUUGGAGGAAACCCAAGCACGACAAGAUGGGGCCAAAAAGACGAGCCAUCCUCGAUUGUCCGGCAGGGAAACACACGGAUAUUGAUGAUUUGAUGAGAAAGAAGAACCGUGGAAAAGCAGAUUUUCCUUGGGGAGAACCUCCGGUCUACAACAUGCCAUCAGCGAGGGAAACAAGAAGCGCUGGAUUCGAUCUUGCAUUUUCCGAGGCAUUUUCUGACUUUCAUUUCUAAAGCUCCCUCGUACUUGGCAAGGCAUGCUUGUGACUCUUUGAUGCUCACUCGCUUUCUCUCAUUUAUUUUCAAGUCAUCUCGCCGCACUACUGAGGGAUGGUAGCUCCCUUUCGGUUUCAAAAUAGUUAUUUCGCAAACGCUAUUCGGGAAUCGAAAUAAAUGGUGAGCUUCAUCAAAGGAAAUAAAUAGAAAUUCUUCAUUUUUCCCUUGAACCGAAUCGCUGACUUUUUUUUACGUUGCAACCAUUCCAGUCAUUGUAGAAAAGAUCCAAAGAAACGUGUUGAUGCGUAUUUUAUAUAAUAUUGAUAUAAAUCUUUUGUCCAUUUUAUAUAUAUUUUACAUAAACCAUUGUCAAUGUAUCCAGAAGUGUCACCUCCGUGAUAUGCAAACGGAGACGUAAAAUUUGUAGGAAUUUUGUGUGAAAUUGACAUUCUCGUUUGCAUCCAAAGCAACAUAUUCCCAUCAAUUAUACGUAAAAUUAUUCCUCAUUUUUUAACACCACCAUGCAAUUUUGAUUGCGCACAUUCUUUCUUGCAAUCCGACUGAAAGUGACCUCUUUCCUUACGAUGCGAAAGUUCUCUAUGAAAUUAUCUUUCAUUCAUUUUGGUUGACCUUCCUGUCCCAAUCCCAUCCCUCAGAAUUGUUGGAUGUUAUGCUAUCAUUCAUGACCACCGCGAC